AUGUGCUCCGGCUCCUGGUCCUGGAGCAGCAGCAGCAAGAAGCACCCGUCUCGUGUUGUCGUCAACCUCAAGCGGCAGCUGCAGAAGACGCCGCCGCCUCAUGUCUCGGUUGCCAUCAGGAGAAAGAGGUUGAGGCUGAGGAGGUUGAGAGCCGGAGCAGAGGCCAUGGAGAUACUCAACCUGAAGCUCUACCUGGAGAACCGGUGCAUCAUCGCCGAGAACGAGAGGCUCCGGGAGAGGGCCAGCGCACUCCGCCACGAGAACCUCGCGCUGCUCCAGAACCUGUCCAAGACGGCGGCCGUGCCAGAGGCAGGAGCGGGAGCUGCGUGA